CCACGCGGUUCUUUCGGAAGCAACGCGCGAGCGGGCAGCAUGUCAGAGGGAGGUAUGGAGAGUGGAGAGAAGCAGGCGGUAGCGAGGAUACGCGGCCAAGGCGAGACCUGAAGAAUAAAGCCAACGAAUCUUCAAAUCACAGCGGUACCAGGAAGCCAUAGAGUGGUACAGCAAGGCAAUUGAUCUGGACCCGUCCAUCGCCGUGUACUAUGGCAACCGCAGUUUCGCUCAUCUCAGAUGGAGAGCUAUGGAUACGCCCUUAGCGACGCCACUACAGCCUUAGAUAUCGACAGAACGUACAUCAAGGGCUACUAUAGGAGAGCGAGUGCAAACAUGGCUCUGGGGAAGUUCAAGAAAGCUCUUACUGACUUUGAAGCUGUGAAAAAGGCACGGCCGAAAGACCAAGACGCUGUGAACAAGUACAACCAAUGCAACAAAAUUGUUCACCAACAAGCAUUCGCCAAGGCAAUCGCCGUGGAGUCCUCCAAGAAGAGUGUUGCCGAAUCAAUCAACCUGGACACAAUGGUCGUGGAGGAGACGUACGAGGGACCGAGAUGGGAAGAGGGAGAGAUGGCGGUGGAAUUCAUGACUGGUCUCCUGGAUUGGCUGAAAGAUGAGAAGAAACUGCAUCGAAAGUAUGCGUACAAGAUAUUGCUGAGAUCGAAGGAGAUAUUUGAAGUGCAGCCGUCUCUGGUCGCGGUCUCAAUCCCUGACUCCAGUGACAGGUUCACUGUGUGCGGAGAUAUACACGGACAGUUUUACGAUCUUCUCAACAUCUUCACACUCAACGGGCUGCCUUCACAAGACAACCCAUAUCUGUUUAACGGAGAUUUCGUAGACAGAGGUUCGUUUUCUGUGGAGGUCAUCCUCUCGCUGCUAGGGUUCAAAGUUCUCUAUCCCGACCAUUUCUUCAUGUCUAGAGGAAACCACGAGAGUAUAAACAUGAACCAGAUGUACGGGUUUGAGGGAGAAGUGAGGGCGAAAUACUCGCAGCAGAUGUGGGAUCUGUUCACGGAGAUAUUCAACUGGCUCCCACUGGCCCACCUCCUCCAGUCCAGAGUACUGGUGACGCACGGAGGGCUGUUCAGUAGGGACGGAGUGAAGGUGUCGGAACUUGUCGACAUCGAUCGCAACAGGCAACCUCCGGAGGAAGGUUGGUACUCCACUGUACUCCGCCCUCUCCGGAGGAAGGUUGGUACUCCAUCCACUGCCAACAGUGGACCACUUAUGAUAGCAUGCCCGUGUAUAAGUGGCUCACACUAAAAAGGUCCGCUCAAUUAUGCAGGAAAAAACGUUACGCAUUAUUGAAACCGUAUUAUGUCUCGUUCAUUUUGAACGUGCAAAACGUUUAUCGCAGAUAACCUUGUCUAGAGUGCCAUGGUUGCGAAACGUUUGCUCAACUCAUGAAGUUUCGGACAAGUUGGAAACGGAAUGAAAAUCUUUUCGUUCCCAAUCGCGAAGUUUGUUCCACUGUACCAUUCUCUCUCCCCUCCAGGACUCAUGUGCGAUCUCCUGUGGUCGGACCCACAGUACAUCCCCGGGCGAGGACCCAGCAAACGAGGGGUCGGAGUUCAGUUUGGCCCCGACGUCACCGAGGAAUUCUGCUCCACCAACGGAAUAGAUCUGGUGAUAAGAAGCCACGAGGUGAAGGAGGAGGGAUACGAGGUGGCUCAUGGUGGGAAGUGUAUCACUGUUUUCUCAGCUCCCAACUACUGUGAUCAGAUGGGCAACAAAGGAGCAUUCAUCACUCUUUCCACAGACCUCAAACCUCAGUUCACCACAUACGAGGCCGUGCCACACCCAAAGAGAAAGCCUAUGCAAUACGCCAGUCCCUUAUUUGGCCUUUUAUCAUAAUGAAAGUUUUUGUUAUUUGCUAUGAUGUCAUUUAUACGGAAUGGAACAG